GAUUUUGUAAUUUGUCAUAUUAUGUUUCCCAACAGUAAGAGCAUUGAUAUGUCUUCUGUAUGACUGCAGUGAUGACUUGUACUAAUGUUGAAAUGAUAGUCGCUACAACUUUGGAAAACAGUCCUUCUCCAGGCAAUUCUUGCCAGUAUGAUUAGACUUAGAUAUCAAAAUGUCCCUCAAUGUUUAUUUGUUAUUUAGUAUAAAUUUAUUUGUCAAAUUUACUGAUGAUGUUAUUCUUUCUUCUUUUAUGACCAGUGAAGUUGUAAGCAACAUGACAACUUUCAAAGUCCAAAGUCCAAAUGUCCAUUACACUGCAGACUUCAUAGAAAGCAUUUACACUUAUGAAACAACUCAAGUGGACUGCAGCUCAACAGGUUCUUAUGUUGCUAGGCCAGUUGAGACACAGUACACAUUCCGUACUGAAAGGCAGGUUCCGAAGGUUGGAUGCAUGUUGGUUGGUUGGGGAGGUAACAAUGGAUCUACGAUCACAGCAGCAGUGCUGGCAAACAAGUUGGGUUUAUCUUGGGAUACAAAACAAGGCGUCAAGGUUUGCACAUUAAUUUUCUGUACUUUGUUGAUUCUGUUUGGUUAAGGCACCAAACAGAAAAAUUCUGUUGUUCUGCAGUGCUACUUGCCACCAGGAGUAGAGAUGGCUGGCAAAAAACCAUCCAAAUGUGACAAGAACGAAAAAGUAUCACAUGAGGCACAGCCAACUAUGUCACUGAUGUCUUCCAUGAUCAAUUAAUGAACAGACCACAUCAACAUGAAAUCUGUUUGUUUUAUUUUAAUAAAUAAGCCAAAAACUGUCAAUGAUGUGUCUGCCCUUGGUUAGAUCAUUGAUAAGAACCAAUCAAACUGUGUGCAUUAUUCAGCUUACCACAUAAUGCAUAAAUGUACAUUUUCCACUACAGAAAGCAAACUAUGUUGGUUCUCUGACCCAGUCCUCUACCAUAUGCCUUGGCACAGGACCUGAUGGUGAUGUAUACAUACCACUGAAAGAUAUUCUUCCCAUGGUUCAUCCUAAUGAUAUUAUAUUUGAUGGUGAGUGAUUUUUGGGUGGUUUAUCAUAUGAAAUAGGACAGGCUUCAGAGUUGUGACUUGGUUCAGCCAGGAGGUCAUUAUAUAGAAUAGAAAAACCUGACAUAAAUCUAAUUUAGUGACUUUGUUAUAGAACAAAAAAAAAAUAGCAAAAAGCCAACCAGGAAAUUGAUAUAUGCCCUGCAACUGAACAACUUUUCACAGAAUUUCCUCUGAAAAAUUCCUUCAAACUUCUAGAGAUUAUCAGAUGUUACUUGGAGAUUUCAAGUAAUGCUACUCCAUCACAAAGUUACCCCUAAGCUUUUCAUUAAGCUCCCCUGAUAAUUUGCUGGUGCCAUUUAAAUAUAUUCCUGGGUGGAGAGAAGCACUUUAAAAGUAAAGCAUUUUGCCCAGGAACACAACACAGUGACCAGGCCAGGUUUGGAACCCAGACCUCUCAACCCAGAGUUCAGCUCACUAACCACUCAUGGCCACUGCAUCUGUGUCUAUGUCAAUAUGUGUUUGACCUACAAUGCUUUUGUUUCAAUAUUAGGAUGGGACAUCUCAUCACUCAAUAUAGCUGAUGCCACUGAAAGAGCAGAGGUUUUAGAUUAUGGAUUACAGAGACAGCUGAGACCCUACCUGGAAAAAAUGACACCACGUCGUUCCAUUUACUGCCCUGAUUUUAUAGCAGCAAAUCAAGUGGAUCGUGCUGACAACAUUUUGUCAGGUAGCAAGCAGGAGAUGAUGGAGCAGAUAAGAGAGGACAUACGCGAUUUUAAGCAGAAGAAUAAUCUCGACAAGGUUGGAUUUAAAACAGAAUUCUGAUCUGAUCAAAUACAUACAGAGCCACAAGCAUUAAUAAUAAAGAAUAGAGUUAAACAUUAACCCUUUAACUCCCAAGAUCUGACUGUUAAUUCUCUCCUCUAGCUGCUACACAUUUCCUUGCAAAUUGGUUACAAGAAUUUGAUGUUCAAUCAAGAUAAUAUCUUGUACCUGAUAAAUUUGAGUAAUCUCACUACCAGUUUGCUGGAUAAUGUAUGGAUAAACUAUGAGGAGAAGUUACAUGUUAAUCACCUCUGGGAAUUUAGCAUUAAGAAUAAAAAAUGAAGUUAGUGAUUUUUACCUUUUUAUUGAGUUGUGAUUUAAACCUCAAUUUGACACUUGCGAUCUUUCUGUUCCAUUUCCUUUUGCUGGAAAUAGGAGUUAUCUACUAGAGGGGUAAAAUUGAAUAACAUGUUUAUCUCCAGGUAGACAAAAAUUACUUUCCUCGAGCAAAAGGCUUUAAGUGUCAACAAGAUAAAUGUGUUACAUUAACUUUUUUAGGUUAUUGUCUUAUGGACGGCAAAUACUGAGAGAUUCUGUGAUGUCAGUGACGGUCUGAAUGACACAGCUGAAAAUCUGUUGAAGUCCAUAGCAAAGAAUGAAGAGGAAGUUUCUCCAUCAACCAUCUUUGCCGUUGCAAGCAUCUUAGAGAAGGUAUUGAUUGUCUCUGAUUUGUGUUACACUUUAUGCAUGGAAACUAAUUUUGUAAUGCUUUGUUUGAAGCAGUCUGUUUCUCCAAAGUCAUUUCCCUUACAUCCUGUGAACAACACCCACAGAAGAUAGCUCAAAAUUUACUUUCUUUGUUAUUUUACUUAUGCAGAUGAUACUUUCAACAUUGCUGAUCUCAGUCCUCAGAUUUCUAUUUUUGCUCUCUCACUUAAAGAUGACUUAUGUAUCACUGCAUCUGUUAUACUUGCAUCAAGAAUACUGACUCUUUAAUUUGCCAAUAGGGUAAAGCUUGAUGUGCUGAAAUGUUUAAUUUUGCAGUGCUCAUACAUUAAUGGUUCGCCCCAGAACACAAAUGUUCCAGGAGUUGUGGAACUUGCCAAAAAGCAUGGAACCUUUAUUGGAGGUGAUGACUUCAAAUCUGGACAAACGAAAAUGAAAUCUGUCCUUGUGGAUUUUUUAGUCAGUGCUGGUUUGAAGGUAUGCAAGUCAACGUGCAGUUGAAUGUUAAAAUAUUUUGAUAUACAUUUCAACCAUUUGCUUAUAUUUAGUGCUUCUCUUGACCAUUCUUUUGAUGAGCUGUCAGCCUGUAAGUUUUUAAUUAUUGGUAUUAGAGGGACUGGUUCGUAGAGGGUGCAUGUUCUUCUACAGAUGAGCUGAGAUUUAAGUGAGAUUUUAGUUUUCUAUUAUUGGUAUUAGUGGGACUGGUCUGUAGAAAAUGCAUGCUCUCCCACACAUGAGCUGAGAUUUAAACAAGAUUUUUUCAUCCACAGCCUGUUUCUAUUGUCAGCUACAACCAUCUUGGAAAUAAUGAUGGAAAAAACCUGUCUGCACCUAAACAGUUCAGAUCAAAAGAGGUAUGUAUGGGUGGUUCCACAUUAACCUCGACUUCAAUGCUGAUGAUGAAAACUAGGAAAUUGUUUAUUAAAUUCUUUAUGGAGCAUGUUAUUUUAUCACCAGUUUAUUUGAGGCACAUACACCUGAACAUGUAGUUUGUGGUGAAGAUUAGAAAAAGAAAAAAAAAAACGUCAAAAAAAAAAAGUCCUGCGUUUUGCUUGCUCUGUCCUUGCUUCUAUCCACUAGUUGGGUGACUGGAAAUGGCUUCCAUUUCUAACAGGUUAUUGCUGACUGGGUAGAUGCUUUUGUGGGGACUUAGCACUGUGAUGAUAAACACUAAUUAAAUUAAUAGGGCGAUGUUUCACACGAAAGUGUACUAGCGAUAAAUAAAUUUUAUACCUGCACAAAUUUGAUUAAGUUUAACUUUUCUACGUAGCGCAAAGCUUUUUUUAAUUUUUCGUUAGACUUCAACUUCCAUAUUAUUAUUUGCUUAUAAAAGCGAGUUGUACUUUAUCAGAUAUUGGGUAAAUUUGAUAUUUUGCUUAAUUAAAUCAUUAUCGUCAAAAAGGGAGUCAGUUCAAAACAGUUAUGUUUGUUUAGCGCGCGCCCUUUCUUUGUUAGUUUUUUUUUCCAUUAAGUGCGUGGACGCUUGUUGUGCGAGGAUAAUGAAACUUGAUAAAACGCCUCUCAACACUAUUAGUGCCGCUUGGACAAGUUUUAUUUUUUCGAGCGUUACUCGCGCUCCUACAAAUUAUACUGGAUUAAAUCAUUAUCGUCAAAAAGGGAGUCAGCUCAACACAGUUAUGUUUGUUUAGCGCGCGCCCUUUCUUUGCUAGUUUUUUUUUUUUUCAGUUAAGUGCGUGGACGCUUGUCGUGCGAGGAUAAUGAAACUUGAUAAAACACCGCUCAACACUAUUAGUGCCGCCUGGACAAGUUUUAUUUUUUCGAGCGUUACUCGCGCUCCUACAAAUUAUACUGGAUUAAAUCAUUAUCGUCAAAAAGGGAGUCAGUUCAACACAGUUUUGUUUGUUUAGCGCGGCGCCCUUUCUUUUUUAGUUUUUUUUUUCCAUAAGUGCGCGGACGCUUGUUGUGCGAGGAUAAUGAAACUUGAUAAAACGCCGCUCAACACUAUUAGUGCCGCCUGGACAAGUUUUAUUUUUUCGAGCGUUACUCGCGCUCCUACGAAUUAUACUGGAUUAAAUCAUUAUCGUCAAAAAGGGAGUCAGUUCAAAACAGUUAUGUUUGUUUAGCGCGCGCCCUUUCUUUGUUUAAAUAAAACUGCGGCAGUCCUUCACGUUAGCGUUCGACAGGAGCGUUUUCGUAUAAACUUUUGGCGAUGUCAACGUAUGUAACUCUCAAAAUGGCUUUGCCUUUUCCCGAGUUGAAAAAGAGAAGGAAAAAAAAGACAUUUCUUAAAAAAACCUUACCAACCGUCCGACUGCGAGUCCAAUGCCUAACCGACUGUGCUAAGAGAACAUUCGAUUACACGACAUAAAUUUUAUCGUUAAAUAAACCGGCGGCACUCCUUCGCGUAAGCGUUCGACAGGAGCGUUUUCGUAUAAACUUUUGGCUAUGUCAACGUAUCUUUGGUUUUGUCUUCAAUUCUGCCGUAGCGCGAGUUUGUUCAAGGAUAUUUUACGUUUGCUAAACGGUGUUUUAAACUCAAAACAAAAAACAUGCUCUUUCUUUAAGCUGGUUAUGAAUAUGCAAGUUCUCGGGGGCUGUAUUGUUUUGAUGAAACAAAAGGCUUCUUUUGUUUCGGCUUCAUUCAAUGAAAGCCGCUACGAAAUUCAAGGUUUUUUGCAUACGUUAUUUCUCGAAAACGAAGCGCAAACCAGCGAAAAAAAAACCAAAACAGUGUAUAUCGAGUAAAACUAAGUCCACAUGCCAAAAUUCAACUACUUCUGAACACUUUCAAAAAUGGCCGAAAAAUCAAGGGGUCGUUCUUGCUCUGAGCCUUUCAAAUUGUCUUACUCAAGAAUUAUACAACACUGAGGCUUAUAGUUGGAUCAUCAUUAUAACCCUAACCUCAAUUCAAGUUUUUAUCGAGUUCUUUCACGAGAAAGAAAAACCAUCUUAAAUUUGCCCCCCUCCCAAAGUGUGGCUUGGUAGCUCAAUUGUUAGCAGCGCCCAGCUGGUAUCUGGGAGGCAUGGGUUUGAAUCCCGCCAAGGUCUGAUUUUUUAAGCUUUUUUCCUGCAAUUGCUUAAAUAACAGCUCACCUGUGGGGAUAAUUUCUGUGCUUGAAAAUAAACUGUUUCUCUCAAGAAUUACACAAUACAAUGACUCGUUAGGGCUAAAAGUUGGGUCGUUAUUAUAUACGUUAUUGUGCUAUGUUUUGUUGCUAGAUAUCCAAGAGCAAUGUAGUAGAUGAUAUGGUGGAAUCAAACAGCAUUCUCUAUGAGAAAGGAGAGAAACCUGAUCACUGUGUGGUUAUCAAGUAUGUCCCAUAUGUGGGAGAUAGCAAGCGAGCUCUGGAUGAGUACACGUCCGAGAUUUUCAUGCACGGGCUUAACACCAUCGUACUACACAACACUUGUGAGGUAUUUAAGUUACGUGGCAAAAUUGGCCAACCAAUUUAGUCAAGGUUGUCGAAACUAUAACGUAAGCGUUAAAAACUUGCGAUCGUUUAUUCGAUUGGCCGUAUUUGACUGACAGUUAAAGUGGACGGUGGGAGAGAGGGCGGGGAAAGACCCCUCUUCCAUUUCUUCCUUUGACCAUUGCUCAUCCCCUUGGUACAAAUCUCUUUCUCUCCCCAGCUUUCCACUAUUGUAAAAAUCAAAGAUGGCAGCUAUAGUUUUCACCGUGAAAAUACUGAGCGCUCGCCCUCCAAAAUGAAGGCAGGCUAAUGAAGUUACUGUGUGAAAAGAAUUUUGUCCUACUUGAAGUGGUAUUGACAACUAUUAUUUUAGAAAUUGUUCCCAAUACAGCAAGGCACAAUCAGGGUGUUAAUUAAAUGGCGAAACGACGUUUAUUAAAACUGUUCGCUUCAGAUGAUCUUGUUUUCAAACUCUCCUUUGUUUCUUUCACAGGACUCUCUACUUGCGGCACCGAUCAUUUUGGACCUGGUUAUCCUGUGCGAGGUCUGUGAGCGAAUCAAGUUUAAAGUGGGAGACGACCCAGAAUUCCAGUCGUUCAACCCAGUCUUAUCCCUUCUUAGUUACCUCCUAAAGGCUCCACUAGUUCCCAGUGGCACUCCUGUCGUCAACGCCCUGUUUAAGCAAAGAAGCUGCAUCGAAAACAUUUUCAGGUGAGCUGGUUUUGCACCAGUUUUUCACGCGUUUAACAAAUGACACUUGAUAUUCACGAGGAUCACGCGUUCUCAAGAGAGAUCGCUUGUCCUGGGGUCUGGGGCCUGGUGCCACACGUGAUUUUCCAUAUGUCGUGCGAGGAUCAUGUGUCAAACUGGCUCUGGAAACCUUGAGUAACCUUUCGUGCAGAACAUCAAAGUGCGAUCCUAUUUUGUGAUAUUCCAUCAGUCACAGUCAAAAGAUAAAAUAUAAUUUUUUUUCCUUUUUGUGUUUCUCUUUAGUGAAAUGAAGAACAUGUCGAUAUCUGCUUGUUUCGUAACAUUGUUUUAUGUCUCGUACAAUCCAGGCCUACAAUCUUAGCUUUUACCGGCGGAAUUUUCAGUGUGGUCACUACUUUUCUAGUUCGUCAUUUAUGAAAUUGCCCAAAAUUUCGCAGAAUAAUCCCUUAAAAUCACUGCUGGAAAGCCGUCGAUAUUGUAGCAGAAUUUGACAGAAGGUCAUAAAAUUUGUUUCAGGGCGUGCGUCGGUUUGAAACCCCAAAAUCACAUGACACUGGAACACAAACUUUCAAGAGAAGUUGACCAGCCGCUGCAGCAAAAUGGAAUCGUAUUCAAUCAUCUGGAUAAACGGAAACUUUCAAGGGAAGUUCACCAACCGCUAAGGCAAAAUGGAGUCGCUGAUAAUCAUCUGGAAAACGGAAUGAAAAAGAAUGGUUAUGUCAAUGGGGAAACAAAGGACUUGAAACGCAUGAAUGGAGAUUUAACACAAGUGGGAGAAAUCAAAAUCAAAAGGUCACGUGCUCGCUGAUCCGAAUUGAUGAGUAAAGUUUUUCAAAAAUGAAGUUCUUUACUUAAGGAUUUCUUAUCCAUUUGAUUUGUGAUAGUUAUGACUUUCACAUUUGUUCUUUAAAACUUUAAACUGCAAAGUUAAACUACAAAAGAAGUUAAGUUUUGUUUAAAAAAAAAAAACGAAAAACUACCUUUGUGCCCCAGGGAAGUUAUUUUUGUGUUAAAAAAUAUUUUAGUAUAUAAUUGCUUGGUCAAGUUAUUUUUGACAUUUCUUUAAUGGCUUUGGGGUUGAAAGCCCUUUGUGUGAUUGUCUAAAGAACAAAUUAUUUAAAUAGGAGGACAUGCUAUUAUCUUACACUAGUUUGGUGUCUGGAAUGGGGUUACUUUCAAGACGGUAUUGCUGUCUCGUCAUGCGAUUAAAACAGCGUGAGUACCAACUUAAAAGAACGUUCUAUGGCAGGUAAAUAAUUUAUGUUGGGAAAAUGUUUUUAAAAGAUGUAAAAACUCAGCACUAUUAAUUAUUGGAAAAAUAUAUUCUAUUUGUCAAAUAAUAUUUUAUACGACCUGUUAUUCAAUACGAGUCAGGAUCGUGUGAUGGUCAAACUAAAAGAUUAUGUUAUAAGUAUACUUGUCUCAAACUGAUUUGUUCCUGCUGUUUCCGUGUAAUUUUUUCAAGCGAUUGAUUUCCUUCUUAACCUUUUAACUCGGAAGAUCUGAUUUUAAAUUCUCCCUUCUAGCUGUUGUUAGUCUAGAGAACAACUUCUACCUGAUAAUUUUUAGUAUUUCCAUUAUCUGUUAGCUGGAUAACGUUUGGAUAGUAUAGGUAGAAGUUAAAUGUUAUUAACUUCUGAGUAAGCCGUAUGUCAUUAGGACAGGUCACCGCAUGAGCAACAAAUAAGAUUCUUCCACUCGUCCAUUAAGAAUAGUUUUUAGGAAGCUAUAUUUUUUUCAAUUCGUGCCUUCGUAUAAUUGAAUGGUUUGUACACGAUAAGUCAAAUGGUAAACACGCGGGGUAGCACUCGCAAGUAACCGAGCUUAUUACGUAGGUACCUCUAAACUAAAGCAGUACGCUCUACAGCUGUUUAUGCUUUGCGGGCCUAUUACUUGUUCCCGCUACGCAAUUAAUAUUUGAGAUGGUAAUGUAAGAAUUAUUCGCGCUUUACUAAUGCCGAUGUUGCGCUUGGUUCUCUUUUAGGUGUUGAUCUUAUCAACCUUUAAACAUUAGUUUUGUAUGUAAGAUUUGGGUAUUUGGCUAAUGGCCUUGCAAAAAUAACUAAUUUCGUCGUGUUCUUAACCAAACUUCUGGACAUUGGAGAUAGGUUGUAAUUUGUCUAUUGAUAGAAAACCCAAAUUAAUUCAGUCUUGCUUUUGGAAGUAAAAGCAACCGUUAGAAAUUGUGGAUUUUUGCUUACGUUCAUUGUAAUGAGUGGUUUGAUCAGUCGAUGCUUAAACAAAAUCUGUUGAACGUGCACUUUAUAGGGAAUGAUCAGAAAAUUUGUAACUGAAGUUGUUAUUUCUGUUAGAAAUUGUGGAUUUUUCUUACGUUCAUUGUAAUGAAUGGUUUGAUCAGUCGAUGCUUAAACGAAAUCUGUUUAACUUGCACCUUAUAGGGAAUCAUUAAAAAAUUUGAAACUGAAGUUGUUAUUUCUGUUAAUUUACUGUUUUUUUUGUUUCAGUUUCUAUUAUUCCUGUUCUGCUUUCCAAACAAGGAAGAUAAAAGAUUAAGCUAUUUAUUACGAUUCUUACAAGUUACGUCAAUCUUUAAGCACAGGGCACCCAAGGCACAUGACUACCAACACAAGUCGCGUAAUACAGUGACCGCGUGACAUAAUAACGUUACACUAUUCGUCAAAAUCUGACCCCGCACGGUCAAUCUGAUUAAAGAAAAAGUUGUUUGUUUAGCUUUGACACUAACCAUUUGUAAUAAGCGCUUCACUUGUUCACCUUGUGAACAAGGGGAAUUUGUUUAACAAUGAAGAGCUUCUUUAGCUGGAUGAUUUCCUUUAAGCACCUGGCCUUAAUAUGUGAUUCAGGGCCGGGUCAUGAGGGGACUCAAAUCGUCUGCACUGUUAGUACAUAUCAAGCUCUGUAGGUGAUUUAAUCCCAUUUUAAUCCCAUCCGAUCUCACAAUUUACGAAAACU